AUGGGUGAGCUAGAAACGGGUAGAGGCCUGAAUCAAGAACUUGGCCUUAUUAAAGCCGAUGAUACUCGUUGGGGAUCUCACUACAAGUCGUUUGGAAACUUUAUUAGUAACUUUGCCUCUAUUGUUGAUGUACUUGAUGCUCUUGUUGUAAAUGCAAGUACUCCGGAUGAAAGAGCUAGUGCGUCGGGACUUAGAAGUUGUCAAACAUUUGAGACUGUUUUCUUGUUGCAUUUGAUGACUGAUGUUUUAGGAAUCACAUAUGAUCUUAAUGUGUCAUUACAAAAAAAGGAACAAGAUAUUGCAAAUGCCAUGAUUCUUGUUAAGGUUUGCAAGAGAAGGUUGCAAGCUUUAAGAGAUAAUGAAUGGGAUCCUCUCUUAGAAAAGCAUUCCGGAUGGGAUUCACUUAAAGAAAAGGUAGAAACUUUUUGUAUCAAGCAUAAAAUUUCAUUGCCUAAUUAUGAUGAUCCAUAUGCUAACUCUGGAAGAUCACAACGUACAGUAGUUGAUUAUACUACUUUGCAUCAUUACCGUGUGGAUUUAUUUUAUAAAAUUAUUGAUUGGCAGCUACAAGAACUCAAUGAGCGUUUCAAUGAGGUGACUAGUGAUUUGCUUAAUGGAGUAGCUUUCUUGAAUCCAAUUGAUUCAUUUUCUAGUUUUGACAUAAAAAAGAUAGUGAGAAUGGCUGAAUUAUAUCUUGAUGACUUUGAUGGAUUUAGCAUGAGGGCUCUUGAGAAUCAACUUGCUAAUUACAUUAUUGAUGUUCGUGAUAUUGACAAAAGGUUCUCCAAUUUAGGUGGACUUGGGGAACUUUCAAGAAAGUUAGUUGAGACAAAGAAGCAUUUAAACUAUUCUCUUGUAUUCCUUUUGGUGAAGUUUGCUUUGCUUCUACCAGUUGCCACUGCAACAGUUGAAAGAGCUUUUUCGGCGAUGAAGUUUAUCAAGAAUGACUUGCGGAAUCGAAUGGAUGAUGAAUUCUUAGAUGGUUGCAUAGUACCUUAUGUGGAAAAAAAAAGUAUUUAA